AUGGCCUCAUCUCCCGAUAACAACCUGGAGUGGGAUGCUGAUAAAAUACUUCAAUUAUAUUUGCAUGAUUAUAUGAUCAAAAAGGGAAUGCACAGCGCUGCCAAGAUUUUCAAGAAGGAAGCCCAUGUUCCUAACAACCCCGUCGACAUGAAAUUUUUAGAUUCAGUGAUUGAUUCUCCAGAUGGAUUCCUACAUGAAUGGUGGUCUAUUUUCUAUGAUGUAUUUACCUCUAGGCAAGGGGAGGAUAAGGAGACCGGGUCAGGAUCCUCUAGUAAGGUCCCAGAUGCAAGUAAUGAUGCCUCUCCUAGAAUUCCUCAAAUACCAAUGAAUGAGCCGAGAUCCUCUAAACAGUUUCAAGUCAGCUCCAACUUUAACAACAUGAUGCCACAACCGGCUAUUUGUUUAAUACCUUCAAUAAUUUAUCCAUCACAAGAUGUAAGCAAGCAAAACCAGAAGCAGGUCGCUAAGGAAAGUGGAAUUGGUAUGUGUGUAAGGAGGGAUACACUUCUGGACCCUCGAGAUGUAAUGCAAAAGAUGACGUCUCCUUUAGAGGGACCUCAUGAAAAAAAGAUCAAUGAACGUCUCAAUCUAGUACCACUAAGUGGAUGGCCAAUAAAUGUAGGUGAUGGAGUACUAACAUCACUUUCGCAAUCACCAAACUAUCAACAACAAUGUCAUGUGUUGAAAACACAAAAUCAGAACACAUUCCUUGCUCAAGCACUUGCAUGUACUCCUAAAAAUCAGACCUUUGCAGUUCUUGGAAACCCUACCAAUUUCAACAGUCAAUAUAUGAUGAUUCCCAAGAUUGAAUCAAGUGAUAAGGAUAAACAGAUGAUAAACCAAAUGACUAACACUGUAGAACAUCAACACCAACGCGGUCAACAAAUUCAAAGUCAGAUCCCGAAUGCUGAGAAAAAUAAAAAGGGAAAGACAUCAGUAUCCUUGAGACCUGGAGAGAGUGCCCAGAAUUAUGCGGAUGAAGCAGAUGGAAAACCUGAGGAUGAAAAUGUGGAGUCUUUCCUAUCUUUUGAAAAUGAAAAUGCUGAUCAUAGAACUGCACCUUUCAGCAAUCUGAAACGUAUUUCUACAACAUGCAAAAUUGAAAAUAAAGGUUUUUCAUUUGAAGAGGUUGGUUGCCUCCAUUCAAGUAAAAGCAAGGUAUUGUCUAGCCAUUUUUCAUCAGAUGGAAAAGUGUUAGCAAGUGCUGGACAUGAUAAGAAGGUAUUUCUUUGGAACAUGGAAACUUUUGAUUGUGCAACGACUACAGAAGCACAUUCACUUCUUGUUACAGAUGUUCGAUUUAAACCAGGUUCAACCAUAUUUGCAACAUCUUCCUUCGAUAGAUCUGUGAGAUUAUGGGAUGCAGCCAAACCAACGAAAUCAAUGUUCAAACUUACUGGCCAUGCUGAACAAGUAAUGUCAUUGGAUUUUCACCCAAGAAAGGUGGACCUUCUUUGCUCAUGUGAUAGCAAUGAUGUAAUUCGACUGUGGAAUGUCAAUCAAUGUGUUUGCAUGCAUGUCACUAAGGGAGGUAGUAAACAAGUUAGAUUCCAGCCUUUUUUUGGGAAGUAUUUGGCUACUGCUUCUACAAAUAAUAUCAAAGUAAUUGAUAUUGAGACUAAUAGCCUUCUGUUUAAUCUAAAGGGACAUGUUAAAGAUGUUAUAUCCAUUUGUUGGGAUAAAGGUGGAAACUAUAUUGCCUCUGUCAGUGAAGAUAGUGCACGUGUUUGGUCUGUUGCAUCGGAUGGAAAAUGUAUAAGUGAAUUACAUUCAAACGGGAACAAAUUUCAAUCAUGCAUUUUUCAUCCAGGAUAUCUUAACCUCUUAGUUAUUGGCGGUUAUCAGUCCCUAGAAUUAUGGAGUCCAACAGAGAGCAGUAAAACAUGGGCCGUUCCAGCACACAAGGGAUUAAUUGCUGGACUAGCAGAUUCACCCAAAGAAGAAUUGAUUGCUUCAGCCAGUCAUGAUCACUGCGUAAAACUUUGGAAAUGA